AUGGCUGCAUCACUUCCCAAGACUAUGCUGGCUCAAGUUUUAGUUGACUUCGGGAAACCGUAUGAACUCCGUUCUGUACCCCUUCCCGUACCAUCCGGACCACAUGACCUCCUCGUCAAAGUCGAAGCCGCCUCAUAUUGUCAUACGGACUACGUCCUUGCCCAAGGGCAGAUGUUUCCAUUGCCAAAACAACUCCCACACAUAGGCUGCCACGAGUUUGCAGGCACUAUUGUCGCACACUUUGAGAAUCCUAGCUCCCGAGCAUCUGAAUUUAAACCCGGGGAUAAAGUUGGAGUUCCAGGGCGAGCAUUCCAUGCAUGCGGGAGGUGCUUCGAGUGCCACGGUUCGAAAGAUCCCGUUGCGCACGACGAUGGAAAUUAUUCAGUCCACUGCCUUGAGGCUGAGAAUAAUGGGUUGAGCAGGGAUGGGGGGUUCGCAGAGUAUGCCGUAGUCGACGCAAGACAGAUUGCCCCUCUGCCGUCCUCAAUGACACCAGUCGAGGCCGCACCCCUAAUGUGUGCGGGUUUAACAAUCUUUUCUGCACUCAAAAGAGCUAAGCUUCAGGCUGGUGAGCGAGUGGGGAUAAUAGGAGCUGGAGGUGGGCUUGGACAUCUGGGGUUGCAAUACGCCCUAAAGAUGGGUUAUAAAGUGCUUGGUGUCGACGCAGCCGACGCACCCCUAGCCCUUGCGAACGAUCUCAAUACGGGGGCAAGGAUCGUUGACGCUAGGCGAGAAAAGGCUGCUGAUAUUGUGCAGCAGCUGGGACUGGAGGAUGGCAAAAAAUAUACGGCUGAGAUGGGGGUUGAUGCUGCAAUAAUCCUCCCCGAGAGCCAGCUAGCGUUCGACUUCGGGAUGGCCCUCCUCAAAGCCCACGGCAAAUGCAUCAUUGUAUCAUUCCCGGAACACGGAUUCCACUUUUCUGCACGGGAUAUCGUAUUCAGGGAUAUCUCAAUUAUUGGAAGCCUUGUGGGAAGCAACAAGAUGCUUCGAGAGAUGCUAGCUUUCUCGGCGGUCCAUCGGAUUCAAGUUAUCAGUCGGACGUUCUCGCUUUGCAGGCUCAAUGAGCUAGUAGAAGAGUACCAUAAAGGGGAAGGAGGCAAGUUGGUUGUAGAUAUGUCCCGUAACCAAUAG